ACUUCCUGUAAAUGAGGGUGGGAGUGGCUGAGUCCUUCCUGGUUCUCAUGUUUACCUGAAGCAGGUAAAGAACAGGGAGCAGAAGCUCAGGAUCCAUUUGGUCUCUGAAGAACAGGAGGAUUAAAACAGCUUUCUGUCAGAAAUUAAAGGACACUAACUGGACCUGAACCACUGGGAACUGACUGGUUCUGGUUUCUCUCUCAGACUGACUGAAGUCCAGAAGAUGGAAGAUUGGGAUCUAAAGAAGGACAGAGCAGAACCUCCAGGAUCCAGCUGUCCGUCUAUGAGGAGUGACUGGUCCAAAGAUAGACCUCCAGACUACAGUGCAGAACCUGGACCCUCAGAUAUAAAAGGUCAGAACCACAGACAGAGAGCAGAACCUCCAGGAUCCAGCUGUCCGUCUAUGAGGAGUGACAGGUCCAAAGGUAUCCCUCCAGACUUCAGUGCAGAACCUGGACCCUCAGACUCAGAACGGAGGAAGAGGAGCGAACCCCAGAUUGGAGAAAGAUCCAGAACCAGAGCUGGACCGCUGACAGCCAAUCAGAGCAGCUGGGCAGCAGGUAAGACUGAUCAUCUCCAAUCAGAGCUUCCUUCUAUCGUCUCUGUUGAACUCUGACAACAGAUCACUGAU